AUUCGUUUUUAUUGCUCUUUCUGAACAUGUACUAAAUUUAUUUUAAGUAAUAAUUUUUUUUAUAUUUAUUAAGUCCACAACUUUUGAACCGAACUGACCGCAAACAAGUAAAACUAGUGAAGCGCUUGCAAAAUAAGUUUUAUUGCAUUUUGUUUACCUCGUGUGCAGCAUCAGACUUUCUCUUUAUUUAAUUUAAAACUUCAAUUGCAAAGCAUAACUUCAGUUGCUUCUAAGUACGCUAACUGAAAACUAGUUCAGCGUUUAAGUUCGGUGUGAAAAUACUAAAUAUUAACAUGAAUAAAUUUAAAUAUGAAUUUCCUUUCGAAAUCGAAACCGUUGAGUCAAACUUGAACUCCGAAUUAUUGGAAUAUUUUCACGGUGAAAAAACUGGCUUCGUACAAGUUGGACCGGAAAAAUACUUUUUUCCUAACAAAUACAAAAAUGAGGCAAAGGAAUAUUAUAAUUUUGAAGCACGCUCCGAUGAUGUGUGGAUUGCAACGUUUCCACGUUCCGGUACCACUUGGACACAAGAAAUGAUUUGGUUAAUAGCAAAUAAUUUGGAUUUCGAUGCAGCUAAGAGUCAACUACUAACAGAAAGAUUUCCAUUCUUUGAAUUUCCAUUGUUCGUACAUCCGGAGAUAAAAAGCAAAUUAAUAGAAGAAAAUGCAAAUGAUGCAGAUAACUUGAAAUUCAUAGAAUUAAUAUCACGUCCAGGUUAUCAGUCUUUAAGUGAAAUUGAAAUCGGUAAAAGACGAUUUAUAAAGACACACUUUCCAUUCUCAUUAUUGCCACCCAGUGUGUUGGAGAAGAAAUGCAAGAUCAUUUAUGUAACACGCGAUCCUAAAGAUGUAGCAGUGUCUUAUUAUCAUCUUAACAGAUUAUAUCGUACACAAGGUUAUGUAGGAGAUUUCUCACGUUACUGGUCUUAUUUUGAAAGAGGACUAAAUCCUUGGUUACCAUACCACAGUCAUAUUAAAGAAGCACUUGCUCAUAGUCAUUUACCUAAUGUGUUGAUGUUGAAAUAUGAAGACAUGCUUAAGGAUUUGAGUGCCACCAUUACAAAACUUGCUAGUUUUCUUGAUUGCAACCUGACCACUGAAGGUUCAGAAAAUCUUAUCAAUCAUUUGAACAUAACGAAUUUUCGUAAAAACUCUGCCGUGAAUGGUCAUGAAAUGGAAGCGAUCGGAAUUCUGAAUAAAGGAGAAGCGAGUUUUGUGCGUACUGGCGGUAGUGGUGUGCAAAAGGAGUAUACAGAUAAUCCAGAAAUUCUGAAAAAAGCAAAUAAUUGGUUGGAAAGGCAACAAAUUGAUUUAAUAUGA